AUGAACACCAUCUGGCACCCACUACUCUUGAACAGAGACCCCAUCGUCGUCAAGGAAGAGUCCGACGACGACCACCACAACCCCCCCGCCGUCAACGUCGAACCUCCCGCGGACGACCAUGGGGAAGACGAAAAGACGGAGGAUCUCGCAGGGAAGAUGUCGACGAUUUGGCGACCCAACCUCGGCCGGCUGUACGCCAGCGUCGCCGAGAUGGAGGGAUCGGAGAGCGAAGAGGAGAAGGAGGAUGCGACGAAGAAGGGCGUGAAGCGGAAGAGAGCCCCUCGCACGAAGGGGCCGUGCGAGCACGGGGUGAAGUAUCGGUCGAACUGUAAGGUGUGCGGUGCUUGUCCCCACGGGAAGUGGCGCUCUCGGUGCAAGGAGUGCGGCGGGUCUGGAAUCUGCGAGCACGGUCGUCAGCGCUCUAAGUGCAAGGAGUGUGGCGGGGCAUCAAUCUGCGAGCACAGCCGUCAGCGCUCUCAGUGCAAGGAGUGCGGUGGGUCUCAGAUCUGCAAGCACGGCCGUCGGCGCUCUCGGUGCAAGGAGUGCGGCGGGUCUGGAAUCUGCGAGCACGGUCGUCAGCGCUCUAAGUGCAAGGAGUGUGGCGGGUCUCAAAUCUGCGAGCACGAUCGUAUUCGCUCCCAGUGCAAGGAGUGCGGUGGGUCUCAGAUCUGCAAGCACGGCCGUCGGCGCCAUUACUGCAAGGAGUGCGGUGGGUCUCAGAUCUGCGAGCACGGUCGUCAGCGCCAUAGGUGCAAGGAGUGUGGCGGGUCUCAAAUCUGCGAGCACGAUCGUAUUCGCUCACAAUGCAAGGAGUGCGGCGGGUCUGAAAUCUGCGAGCACGGCCGUCGGCGCUCUGAGUGCAAGGAGUGCAAGAAAUAG